UACGUCCAAUUAGCACUUCUUUAGGCAGAAUGAAAGGAAAAAGUCGGUGUGAACCGCUAGAGAAAGCGUGGGUGAUGGAUUCCCGUUGAUGCGGCAAGGAGCGAAUAUCUCCCGUGGUUGAGCGACAGUGACCGCCGAGGUGCAAUAUGCAGCCGCGCAUCAUCGGACGAAACUUGAUGCGUAGCAUUGGUAGUGUUUUUUCUCGUCGCUGCUGGACGGUGAGCACCGAGAAGGAGGACCGUUUCAUCGUGCUCACCGAUGAAACCAAUCGACUCGACUCAACACAACUCGGAGCCAAGACCAAAAGGCUCAUUUUCCCGUCCAUUUGGCUCCGGGACAAUUGCCAGUGUCCGCGGUGCUUCGACACUCAAGCCAACUCCAGGACUAUAGACAUGAUGCAUUUCGACUGGAAGGUCAAACCCGAACAGGCUCAGUGUCAACAGAUCUCAGCCGCACAGCAGUUGAAGGUGGCCUGGUCGGAUGGUCAUCACAGUGAUUUUUCUUUGGAGUGGCUCAAAGAACGCAGUUUCGACCCUGACACUCAAAAUGCAUACCUCAGAAGAAACUACAAAUUCGAGAGGAAGCCAUGGUCGGCGAGAAGUUUUCCGGAGAUUUUCAAAAAAUACGACUACAGAGCGAUCAUUGAGGACGAUCGAGUAUUACUUGACUGGCUAACUCAUCUUAUUACAUACGGGGUGGCUCUCAUAGAAAAUUCUGGAGUUGAGCUGGGCACUAUAAAAAUCCUUGCGAGAAGGGUUGCAUUUCUGAGGAGGACACAAUACGGAGAGACGUUCUACGUUGAGGCUAAAGAGGGUGCAACGAAUUCUGCAUAUAAAGCAGCAGCUUUGCAACUUCAUGUGGACUUGCCAUACAAUCGUUACAUGCCAGAGAUACUCUUCCUUCAUUGCAUUCUUCAAUCAAAGCAGAAAGAAGGAGGAGAAAGCCACCUGACAGACUGUCUGCAUGUGGGACAGGAAAUGAAAGCAAGUCAUCCAAAAAUGUAUGAUAUACUGAGGUCGGUUGAGGUUGAUUGGUCGGAUAUUGGUGAAGACAGCGGUUAUGAGUUUCAUGCAAUUCACAGAGAACCGGUUGUAUGUGAAAAUAAAGACGGAGAAAUAAGGCGUGUAAAUUUUAGUCAACCGCAAAGAGAUAAUCAUUUCAACAUUCCUGCCGAGGACGUUGACUCAUGGUAUGAAGCAUGGAGCUUGUUUGUACAACAGGUUCAUAAUUCUGAGAACAGAGCAUUGUUUAGGCUGACUGAAGGUGAUAUUCUGGUAUUCGAUAACACACGCCUUGUUCAUGGACGAACAGCUUUCAAUGACUCACGGAUUCUAGAGGGUGGAUACAUGGAUUGGGACUUAGCACACUCAAGGAUGAGAAUACUGCGCAAACAACUUCAUGUUGAAUGAACUUUAAUUAUGUAUUUUAUUAUAUUAUAAUGAAAUAAAAUUUUAUACUUUGGUUA